CUGCAGGAGCCUUUUGCAGGUUUUCAUUUUUCAGCCCGGCCGAUCAGCUCUGCGAUGGAUGACGACAGCGUGUGCGUGAUAGAGUCGCCGUCGUCGUCCGAGGCCGACGACAACGACGACGUGGACUACAGCCCCACGGCGCCUCGGGCUCGCAAGGCGGGAACCAAGAACCGCGCGCCGGCGCCUAAGAAAGCGGCCGCCAAGAGAGCUGCGACACCGCGGCGAAAGCAACCCGAGCUGAUCGACCUGGUGUCGCCGGCUACCCAGGGCACGGCUUCUGGUACGAAGGCGGCGCCAGCAGCUGGUCGGAAACGGAAACUCGGUGCAGCUGCGGCUAAGUCAGAAGCCUCCAAUGGCGCCGAGGAAGCUGAAGCCAAGCCGUUGAAACGUGCCCGAACGGACUUGCCAGAUUACAUACCUUUGGAAGGCCCCAUGAGGCCUGCACCGCCCGUGCCUCCCAAGAAGCCCAUGGCAAGGCCCCGUCCUCGCAAGCCUGCGGCCACAUUACCAAAGAAGCUGAAGCUGGAGAAGGCAACAUCGUCGGUGUCCUCGGUAGCCAAGGACCCAACUGCCGGUACAACACCGGAUGCGGCGAUUGACGUGGAAGCCGAGUGGGAAGCCCGCUACGGCUGGCGCGUCGAGGAGGCGGUGGCCUCGACGGUCGGCGUGCAGGUGGAUGUAGUGCGCAACGUGGUGAACAUGCUGUCCAACGACUGCACCAUCCCGUUCAUCGCGCGCUACCGUCGCGAGCAGACGGGUGGCCUCCAGGCGGACGGACUGCAGGAUAUUCAGGACACCUAUGCCAGCCUUCUGCAAGUGAAGAAAAAGGCUCGCACCAUAUUGGAGACGCUGACUAAGGAAAACAAGGGGGACCCCAGCGUGCGCAAGCUCAUCAUUGGUGCACGCAGCAGCGUUGAGCUGGACCACUUGUACGCCCCAUACAAGGAGUCCAAGGGCCGUUCCCUGGCUCAGAGGGCCAAGAACCUCGGCCUCGAAGAGACGGCACAGCAGAUUCUUCGGGGAGAGGCCACCGUCGAGUCCAUCAAUCCCGAGAGCCUCGUCAAGGCCGACGUCAAAGGGUUGCAGUCGGCCAAAGAGGUUCUGCUCGGUUGGCAGCACAUCCUUGCCGACGUCCUCUCCAAGGACAGGACGGUCCUUGACUACUUGGCCAACAUGGCCAAGUCUCCUGGCAUCCUUCUGACGGCCAGCAAAAGUGCCUCGGCAGCCAAGCUGGAACGGCAGGCAGUCGCCGACGGCACGCCAGAGAUCUGUGACAAGAAGUACGACAACUACGCCAACUUUUCCAGAGACGUGCGGUCGGUGCAGCCUCACCAGGUGCUGGCCAUCAACCGCGGAGAGUCUCAGAAGGUGCUGACGGUGAAGCUGGUGCUGCCGCCGCGGUUAGCGCCGGGGCUCAAGCACUUCUGCGAGUCGUGCCUGCGCAACAUGGGCGUGAAAAUGCAGGGCCAGACGGCACAGCUGGUGCGAGACUCUAUCGAGGACGCCUACACGCGAUUGCUGGAGCCCCACCUCCUCCGCAGCAUAAGGUCACAGCUCACCAAAGAAGCCGAAAAGGAGUCUGUGAGCGUGUUUCGUUCCAACCUCCGGCAGUUGCUGCUCACACCUCCAGUCAGGGGCCACGCAGUGCUGGGCAUCGACCCUGGGUUCAAGCAUGGCUGCAAACUCGCUGCAGUCUCAGCCAACGGCAGUCUUCUUCAGCAUGCCGUCAUCUACCCUCACAGUGGCCACAAGGGCCCGGCUGCCAAUAUCUUGAGGCAGAUGGUCCACACACACAACUGUGACCUGGUGGCCCUGGGUAACGGCACGGCCUGCCGUGAGACCGAGGCAUUCCUCUCGGAGCUCAUCUCCAAAGGCUGCUUCGAGCCGGUCAAGCUCAAAUACUGCACAGUGGAAGAGAGCGGCGUCUCCGUCUACUCGGUGACCAAGGACGCCGAAGCUGAGCUCCCUGGCCUUGACCCGAACAUUCGCAGCGCAGUGGGCAUUGCGCGGAGAUUGCAAGACCCCCUGCUAGAGUACGUCAAGGUGGAGCCCAAGCAUCUUGGAGUCGGCAUGUACCAACAUGACGUGACCGAAUCGCUGUUGAAGAGCGCCCUGGAGGGAGUGGUCGUGGAGUGCGUCAGCUUUGUCGGGGUCGACAUCAACGUCUGCCCCGAGUUGACGCUCAGGAAGGUGUCCGGGCUGAAUGCUGGCACGGCCCGCAAUAUUGUGGAGUGGCGGACGACCAACGGUCCCUUUCGGAAUCGCCAGCAGCUGCUCAAGGUCAAACGACUGGGCAACAAGGCCUUUGAGCAGUGCGCGGGAUUUGUCAAAGUCUUUCCCGAAACUGCGUCGGCGGCAAAGCCAGCUGGUGAAGGCGCUACCCAAGAGAAGACGGCACAGCCUGCCAAAACCGCGAAAGGCAGCAGCAGCAAGGGCGACAGUUUCAACCCACUUGACAUGACUGUCAUUCAUCCGGAAUCAUACACUCUGGCAGAGCAUUUCAUCUCUCAUUUGGGACUGGACAAGGAGGCCAUCGGGAAGCCACACUUCAUCGAAAAAGUGCGGCAGGACACGGCCAAGUAUGGCGUCAACCAUUUUGUGAACCUACUGGGUGGCAGCAUAGCUACGAUGCAGCUUAUUGUGGACGCACUACAGCAUAGCGUCGAGUAUGACAUCCGCUCAGAGCAACACCAACCGUUGUUCAAGAGUGGGGUGCUCUCCCUGGACGAGGUGCACACGGGCCUCGAGCUCACGGGCAAGGUAAAGAACUGCACCAACUUCGGUGCCUUCGUCGACAUCGGCGUCGGCACCGACGGGCUCAUCCAUGUCAGCCAGAUGAAUGGCCAGACGGUUGCCCUGGGUGACCGUGUCACCGUGCGCGUCAUAAACAUCGAGAGGGACCGCCGGCGCAUCGGGCUGCGGCUACUGUCCAAGGGAUGAGCUACCACCGAGACAUUAAGGACACUUGGCCACUAAGGCUUCCCGUGUUUGUGUGCUUUGUGAGCAGCAGUGGGGCAGUCACCGCAAUGUUGCGGCAAGCAACAUUGCGGUGAUUGGCUUGCUGCGUACAUAGCCGUUGGCAGAGCCAGCAAUGGCUUUAAUAUUAAGAAUGUGUGAAUAUUUAUUUUUUAGUACGAAUUGAAUAUAUGUGUAUCAAUGCGACUUUCCAGUGGCUGGCUUGCCUCGUGCAGUCAUUGGCAGAGCCACCAAUGGCUUCACUAUUAAGGGCGUGCGAAUAUGUGAUUUUUCGACUACAAAUCGAUUAUUCGUGUAUAUCAAUAAAAUGUUGCAAAACAACGUAACAACAGUAUUUUACUUGAUUAUUUUCUUGAGGCUAUAUUUAUAGAAAAUUACAUGUGCUGUAUGAGGGAGCCAUGGGGUAAAGCUUGGUCAGUGACUUCUAAAAUAGAGGAGGCGUUGGCUUGGUGGAAAGGACCGCUCCUGUCACUCGUAAGGCCCCUCUCAUAUGCGUUCAGGAGGUCAGACAAACUUUGCAGGAAGGCAAAUGCGCACAUCACGCGUCGCUGUGCGCUAGAACAUGAUACAUGCAACUGCAGCGCAAGAAUGCACAGCCUAGUGGGCAGAAUGGGCAAAACUGGGCCACGGUCGGAGACUACCGUGCUCAAGUGAUGGUGUAUCGAAAUGCUUAGUAGUGUUCCAGCGUUCCCAUGAGCUGGACUGAAGUGGGAAGGCGUGCGCUUCGCAUUUGCCGCUAGCAUGGUCGGACUAGAGUGGACGGACGCGCUCGGUUGAUUUUUUGACAGCGAAGCUGUUUAGGGCCCCGUUAAAACAUACGCGUUUCACGGAAAGCCAGUUGCGCCAUGGCUGUAUCAGACCGAGCGGCGGAAGCCACUCGAUCAAAUACAGUCGUGGGACGCGCAAAGAAAGUACAUACUCCCAAAGAAGCAGCGCAUUGUGAAGCGAGGCUUGUCGUUGUGCGAGAAUGGAAACAACGAGCAGAUCCAGAAUACGUGGCCAGGGAAAGGGAGAAGAAUAGAUGAUGAGAAGAUACUGCCGAUCACCGUGAGUGGAAUGCUGUGCGUGGGCGAGCUCUACCUCAGGAUCCUGCCUAAGGGGGGGAAAGCCGAGUACGAGCGGCGCCCUGCUCGGCCAGCUUCUCUAUGUCUCAGCCCUUGCGCGGAUGAGUGCAAGCUUUUGCCUUCUUUUUCUUUCAUGCUCCUAGUGAAUUUUGUCGGCAACUCUGGGCCUUUAAAUGAGAGAAAUGCCGCGCUCUUUGGGCAGUGGAUGGUGCAGCAUGCAAUGGAGUUUUCUGCAUGCAACAGCAGCACCCUGCCACACAGCCUAUCGGGCAGAAAAAGCAAAACUGGGCCGUAUAACCGGACUAGGAGCAAACGCGAUGCGCACGUCACCCGCCUCUGGUCAAUGAUCUGACGAACCAUGUUGUCCCACCUUUCUUUUUUUUUUGACGUGUACUCCGCUUCUGCAGUGGGCUGGACCAGACAGGCGACUCACACUGGCAACAUUGGCGAAACCGGGCCGUUAAAUGGUAGCUGCGUAGCGCCCUCUGGUCACUGCAAGGGGCCCAUAUCUCACCGAGUAAAGUA